GAAAUCUUGAAUAAAAAUAAAAAUAUGAAAGACAAGCGGAAGUGAGGAGAAACUGAAGAGAAUUGGUAAACAGAGAGUAACAGACAGAGUCCUAACCGAUGGUUUAUUGUCUUAUUGGUUAUCAAACGGAGACGUAAUUUGGCAGGCUAAGGUAGCCGAGCCAAAUCCCGAUGUCGCAACCCAAGCCACCCCACUUAUACCCUUUUUUGUUCACGCGCUUGUCCACGUCCCGGCGAUCCAUCUCUUUAAUUCCCCUACUCUUACGGCCCAUGCGUCCGGCGCGUCACCUUCGCCGCACCGACCCCGUUUUCUUGUAUUUUUUCUUGGUCAGAGAUCCCCUUUACUCUUUAACCUUAUCUCUCACAUCAAUAUCACACAAAUCGAUAAUAACCUAAUUCACCACCAACGAUACGACCACCACCACCACCACCAUUAGAUCAGAGCGAUGGGUGACCUCACCGAUUCUGUUACGCCGUCCACCACACCUCACUCCAGACCCUUGCCUAUCCGUGAGGAUUGCUGGAGCGAGGAGGCUACAUCCACUCUUGUCGAAGUUUGGGGCAAGCGAUAUUUGGAGCUCAACCGAGGUAAUCUACGUCAGAAGGACUGGCAGGAAGUGGCCGAUGCCGUUAACGCCAAACAUGGCCAUACGAAGAAGACUCACCGUACGGAUGUGCAGUGUAAGAACCGAAUCGACACGAUUAAGAAAAAGUACAAGAUCGAGAAGGCUAGGGUUACCUCCUCUAACGGAAUGUUGACAUCUUCGUGGCCAUUCUUUGAGAGCUUAGAUGCCUUGAUCGGAUCUAAUUUCACUGCUAAGAAACAAGCUUCUCCGUCUUUGUCUCCGUCUCCUCCAGUGGCUAUGCCUCUGACUUCCUACAGGAGGACUCCGACUUCGACUCCUUCUACGGCUGUGGUGUCGUUGCCCCAGAAGAGGCCGUUGGAUGAUGGCUAUUUCAGGAGGAAUUACUCGGCCAUGGCUGCAGCUGCUGCAGCUGAAUCGGAGAGUGAAGAAGAGGACGAGGAGGAGGAGAGGGAAAGGGAGAGGGAGAGGGAGAGGGAAAGUGAGGAAGAUGAGGAGGGAGAGGGGAUAAAGAGAUUGGCUCGAGCUAUUGAGAGAUUUGGAGAGGUUUAUGAGAGAGUGGAGAGCGAGAAGUUGAGGCAGAUGUUGGAUUUGGAGAAGCAGAGAAUGAAAUUCGCCAAAGAUUUGGAAAUGGAGAGGAUGCGGAUUUUCACUGAGACUCAGAUUCAGCUUGAGAAGAUCAAGAAAGGCAAGCGAUCUGGGUCCAAUGAGUUGCAGGAAGCAUAUUAUUAUAGUUUUGGCAAACCUGAUAGUACAUGGACAAGAAAGUUCACCGUAACUCUAAAUAGAUUGGGUUGUUGUCAUUUUUUUAACAAUGUGCAAACCAUACGAGUGUUUUUUCUUGAUGGUGGAGAGUACAAUAGCUGCUGGCAUCUAUUAACCUUGAGAUAAAUUUUAGUUGAGUUGUCAAUCGGAAUUUUGAACAAUUUAUUUUUUUUGUUUAUGCUCUAAAUCAGAUGUGUAUGAAUAUAUUUUCAAAUUUUUUUAUCA